ACUCAUCUAAGAGAUGGAAACUCUGAAAUCAAACCCGGAGAUGGAGUCCCGAAAGGCGGACAACAUUUCAUUGGUACAAUGAAACAUUCCGACAACUCCUGCGACAUCACUGGUGCCAAGCUGUAUCAUCCAAUGAUGUUCCCUUGGGUUCUCCAGCGGCGUGGAGAGAGGUGAUUUGCUGUUGGGAACCAGCUUAUAAUCCUUGAAGAAUAAUCCCAGGCCAUGUGGAUUUCGUCCUCCGAAGUCACAUUGUGACGGACGGAUGCCAGGAAAAAAAAAACAAAAAAACUUAAAUCACUUAACUAUUAAAUUGUAUUAUUACUCUCAGUCUCAUCAGACCUCAUACACAUUUGCCCUGAGUUGCAGUGAAGUAUGAUUCACAAUGGUACCAUGAUUAUCAUAGUCAGACAUGUGAAAUAUAUAUAUAGUAUUAAUUUAAACUAAUCAUAAAUCGUAGUCAUACUUUCACUCUCAGUCAACAAUGUCAUGUCAAAAAAAUAUAUUUUAAAAUGCUUCCAUUUCCAUAAAUUUUGUUUGAACAGAAAAAUUGUGGAGAUUGACUAAAAUUUAUUAGAACAUUAAUAGAUUUGGCAACUCUGAUUAGGGUGGGCCUAUUCAAAUUUCUCAAUACCAGUACCUCAAAGGUCAUGGGAGUUAAAUUCUGACCGAUACCCUUCUCCUUCUCCAAAAUGUGAAAAACCACAAAGUAGGGAUUUAUAGGCCUAUAUACCAGUAUUUUAAAGUUAAGAUUAAAUAAACCCUUCACACACUCUUAUAAUCUUAUAAACCUUUGACACAAUUUUAUUAAUCUUUCCAACACUUAUAAACACUUCCUAUGCCUAUGAUCUUAAUUCUUUACAGCACAGUAUAUAAAAGAAUGUAUAUUAUUAUUUAUUGUAUACCGCAAAAUCCUGUGAAAUGGCAAAAAAUCGCUGAACAUAUCCUAGGAGAAAACUCGUGAAAAAGUGAGAAUGCAAAGUAGUGAGGUAUUACUGUAUAUCAUUUGGCUUGGCAACAUAUAAAAUUGUUUCCCUUAACCCUUCACUGCUGGUUUUGGGGCAUCAAAUUUUGCUGACUCAGCAAUUAAAAAAACGUACUGAUGAAAAUUUCGGUAUUUGUUCAUUCUCUAACCGAUUCGCUUAUUAAAUUCUCUAUAAAUUAACGAAUAAAGAAAUAUAUAGAAUUGAAAUAUGACGUCAACGUGAUGCCAUGGUAUUUCAGAAAAGUUCUUUGCCUCUUUGUUAUGACGAUAAUGUGACGUCCAUGGUAAUUGAAAGUGGGUGAUCAUAACGAUUCGUUGACGUCAGCGGUAAUGAACUGGUUAAAUUUUUUGUUCAAUGAAAAAGAUUUUUUUUUUUAGGGUCUUAAACUAUAGGCUAUGAAAGUCAAUAAAAAAAAGUGCAAAGUCAAAGAUUAACAUAAAAACAUAACUAGGGCUGGCUAUAAAAUAAAUAAGGUUAAUAAGAUCCAUUUUCCAACCAACCUUAGUGCAUCAAGGUAAAAUAGGAUGAAGUCGGUUUAAAAAGAUCAUAUUUUUGUCUCAUGACCUAAGCUUUUUUUUUUUCUUUGCAUAAUGUAUUGAUCCUUGAAAAAUGUUACUCGCUUGAGUCUGAAGAACAAAAGUAGAAACUAUUUGCAAUCCAAUUAUUCUUAAGCUAACAACGAGUCAACCCUAUGUAAGAAUUAGUCUUAGAAAGGCUCAGUCAUAAGCAGAUGUACACUUUAACCUGCUCUUUGGAAGUGUAUGGUAUCAAAAUAACUAUAUUAACCUGACCUUGGCAUUAUAACCUGAACUAAAGGUUGUGUCCUUAAAGUUAAAAUCAAUAGAAUAACCAAGUCUUAUUGUGUCACUCAUAUAUUAUUAUUUUAUAUAUGAUAGUCUUGAUAGUUUACUAGGCAACUAGGUCUGUGUGAAUCUAAUUUUUAUGUAUUAAUUUUUAAAAUUUACUUUAAAAUUUUUUAUAACUUAAAAUAAGUUUAAUUUAAAUUCACAUUUUGUUUACAUUAAUUUUUAACAGGUUUGUACUGAAUUUGAUUGAAACAUGUCACAUAAGACUUUAAAACAGGUAAGGAUAUAAAUUUGUUCACAUAUAAUUUUACUAUUAUUCUUAAACUAUUCUAGUAAUGUAGUUUUUGGUAACAUCCUAUCGACCAUAGCAUUUUAAUUUCCUAUUAAAAAAGCAGUAAUUAAUAGAAUACUUCAAUCCCAAGACAUUUUUACACCUUUUAGUCUCUUUCCACUAUUAUCAUCAUUUAAUCAAAUACUUUUUUUUGGAGCUAUUUAGUGACUUGAUUGAUUUCUAUCGUGAACUUUUUACUAAUUUCUUAGUGGUUUAAUUUUAAGAUUAUAAUUUUUAACAAUUAAAUCAGCUAUAGAGGAAGAAUACAAGCAGUGGGCCUAAAGCAGGUUGCAACAAAAAAUGCUUAAGGAUGUCCGCAAGAUCAUUUACAUCCCUUUCCCCCUCGUCUGCAUUUGUUCGUUUUUGAACUAACCCUAAGAUAAGUCUCUGGCUGUGCACAAUGACAGCCAGAAGUUGUGUUAUAUGAAAUUGUUGAUUUUGUCAUAGCAAUUUUCUAAUUUUUUUCAAGAUAAACUAUUGGUAUUUUUCUAUUUUAUCAAAUCUUGUUUCAUCAAAACAAAAUCCAAAAGAAUCAUAUCACUUUUAUUUCAGUUCAUCCUUAGAUCUGAAGUUUUAAAGUUGUACCGUACGUUUAUCAGAGUCACAUACAAAGUUGAGGACUUAGACAAGCGAAAAGAGUUGCAAAGGUGGAUUCGAGCAGAUUUUGACAGCAGCAAGAGUCAUAGUGAUGAGGUACUGAUAACUAGUGUACAUUAAACUUAGGGAUGUUUAAAAAUUUAUCAGGUUUUCAAUUAUUGGUUUUUAUAGCGGUAAUUGUUUGAUGUGUAUGUAGAAAAGGUUCAUUUGAAUUAAAUUAUUUUUAUCAUUUUGUAUGGAAAGUUAAAGAAAUUCCGGAAUUGCUUUAUUAUGUAAUAAUCCCUCUAUUAUCUUUGAUAUGAAUGGUUGCUGCACCACAGAGAAAUUUAUAAAAAGUUGUAUUUCACAUCCUAGAUGUUCUAGCUUUAUUGUAAUUGUGGAUAUACAGACCAAUAGUUUGUACUAUUUUCAACAACAAAAAAAAUUAAUCUUAAUGAUGUUUAUUGUCCUGAUGUUCCAUUAUUCAUAUUCAAUUGUGUUUUAUUACAGGAAGUCAUAAGGAUGAUGAUCAGUAAAGGAAAGUUAUCUCUACGUGAGCUGGAACAAGCUGUUAUGAUGGCUAAAUGAUAGUUUAAAAAAAAAAAAGAUUUAUAUCUAUAAACUGACUAAAAGUAAUGUAAUGUCAUUUAAUGAAAAGAAAGCUAAACGUCCACUGCCCAAAUGGAUGGAGACCCUAAAUCAGCAAAAACAGAUGUUCAUUUCUGAAUGUCAAGAAAGUGCAGGGAACAUUAAUGCAUUCACAGGUGAGAAUGAUGCAUCGGAUUCACCAGAUGGCAUUAUGGAUGGAAAAACAAUCUCUACAAAUAACCAACAGUUAUCCUAUUGUAAAAAUCCUCUGCUAUUAAAUACAGCUUCACAGAUUCUAUCACAGUCAAUGCCAUUGUUAAGCUUCAAAGGAUCUAUUACAUACUCCUAUCAUUAUUCUGACUGUGCCUGUAUAUGUCAAGAUAUAUUGUCUUCCUUGCAUCAUGAAGAUAAAAAUAUCAUUGGAUUUGACAUGGAGUGGCCUGCGUCCUACCAAAAAGGUUUCACAGACAAAACAGCUUUGAUACAGUUAUGUGUGUCAGAAGAUUCUUGCUUCUUGUUCCAUGUUGCUGCCAUGUGUUCUGUACCAAAACCUUUGAUUGAUUUGAUUCUUAACCCUUGUGUUAUCCUAGUUGGUUUGAACAUCACCUCUGAUUUGUGGAAACUUGAAAGAGAUUUUGACGUGAGAGUUAAGCCGGCCAUUGAUAGGGGAUCGGUUUGUGAACUUGGAAUAAUGGCAAAUAAAAAACUUAAAUCUUCUGAAAGGUGGGACCUGGAUGGCUUGUGUAGGAAUGUUCUUAGGCACCGUCUGGAUAAGGACAGAAACCUUAGGUGUGGCAACUGGGCUGAUGUACCUUUAAAUGAUAUGCAGAAAAAUUAUGCAGCGUCUGAUGCUUUAGCUUCACUAUUGUUGUACAAGCAUUUAAAUGAUAAACUAAAUGACCAGGUCAUUCAGUAAGUUUUGCUUACCUAUGUAAAUUUAUGUCUUUACCUUCAGUUUGGUACUAAUACAUUUGAAGUGUUAUAUUUUUUGAAAUUUUUAAAAAAUUCACAAUGACUGAUGAAAUUAUAUUUAUAUCAUGCUACUAAAGGCAUCAAGAGACUUACUGAUUUUAACUAAAUUUUUGCUGCAAUACAUAUGUGUGACCCUGACUUUCAAGGAAAUAUUGGAACAAAAUAUGUUAGGCUUGAAAUUAAAUGACUUCAGAUUUAAAAUAAUGUUUUGGCUAGAUGCUUUAUUCUUCUGUCUUUCAAACAUUUUUUAAUUUGUAGACCAGUCAGUGAGUUCAUUAUAGAUCUAGCAAUAGGAAACUAAACAGAUCUGGAUGCAAUAUUGAAUGCAAUUCUAAACUCUAAUGGAGAUUAUUCAUCUAUCAAGUUGUCCUCUUUAGAGCCCCAAGAUAAGAGUUAUAUAAGGUUCUUAUGCAUUUACUGCUUUGUUACCGAUAUAACAAGUUAAAAAUUAAAGUAAAAAGGAAUUUUAUUAAUUUUUGCUCAUUUAAUACUUUAAAAAAUUGUGUAGUUUGUUAGGCUUGUGUACAGUUUUCACUUUUGAAAGCAUUUCCAUUGAAUAAGCAUGUCCAUAGUUUAGCUUCAAACCCCAACUCCCACUCAUUUAUUGUUCGAAAAAAUAUAAUUUUGUACAGAAAUGGCAACUGUUUAUCAUUACUUUUCAAAAUUAUUAUGUUCCUCCAUUUUAUUUUACAAUGAGCAAUUGUGAGUCAGAGUCACAAGACUGAAGAAUUCUUAUUUUUAACUUUGGUGGUUCCAACUGUUCUAAAGUCGAUGUCAGCAAAAAAAAAGUGCCAAUUUCAUUACUCAGUUAUGCAAGAUAAUUUCCUUUUUCCCACAUAUCCAUUUACUGUAACAUAUUAUUAUUAUUAUUAUUAUUAAGGUGGUUUUAUAUAGCGCAGUACCUAGGGCUAGGCUCACUGUGCCUCACAUAAAAAUUAGGACAGAAAAUUAUACAUUUAAAAACAACAAAUUAUAAAAAAAGCUGGACCUCACCCACUCAAGUACUAUCAACCCCUGUCUAGCCAUGGACAGUAGCAUCGAGCGUUGUUUAUCAGUUAAGAGUGGGGUGAGAAUGAAUCGGUAUAUCACAGUUUGAAGAGAUGGUUCUUACACGCAGUUGUGAAGGCUGGUCUGGUUGUUAUAUUGUGGAUGUACAAUGGGAGAGAAUGCCAAUGUUUUGGGGCACAGAAAGAUCGUUCACCAUGUUUUAGUGCCUGUUCUUAAAGUUAAAAGGGUUUAACUAGAAAAUUGUAUAUGACAAGUUUAUUAGUCUGUCAGACUCUCAUCCUUCAUCAUUUCAUGUCUAACACUUCAUUUUUGAUUGACCAAUUCCCCCUUUUGAAUGUCCUCUUCACAGAGUUUUUAUUCAACAGUUAUGAUGAUUGAAUAAAUAUCUUAACC